UGUGGGCCAGAAGCAGCACUAAAACUAGUAAUGAAAAAACACUACAACCACAACCAAAAAAUACACAUGCUCUAAAAAAAGUAAAACCAAAAAAGUCAGACUGAACAAUUCUUAAUAUAUGUAAACUAGUUUAAGAAAGAAGUUAACUAUACACAAGAGUCUAUAAAUAUACAACAGGCUGAUAUAAGAAAGUGUUUAAGAAGUGUCUCCGAAGAUAACAGCGUGCUCUUAACUGAGUACCACGACACGCCCAGUCUUAAUCUUUACUCUGUGUUCCUUAUCUCCUACUAUCCUUUACUAAACUUUUACAAUUUUCACAAGAGAGUAAAAAUGUUUUUCGCAUUGGAGAUGGUAGAAGGAAAUUAAAGCCCCUCCGUGCGUUCUGGCAGCCCACGCCCCCACCCUGCAGCCCUGUGCACCCCCGGCUCCCGGGGAGCCCCAUGGAUGCGGCUCUUCCACCUUUCCAUAUGAACUUCCCAUUUCUUCCAUCCCACAGCCCAAAAGUGCUGCCGAGGGGGGUCUGCCCCGCCCAGCUCACCUGGAGGCUGGGGUUGGAGGUACCUGUGCCAGCCAGCGCCCUGCAGGUCCUGGGCUGCGCCUUGGAGCGACCCUCCUGCGGUGCCAGAGUCACGCUGGAGCCCCCCGUGCUCCUCCUCAUCCCGGGAGGAAGGCUGGCUAUUAAAAGCCCGCGGGCUCGCCACCCCAGCCUUUCUCCCAGCCCGGCCUGCGGGACAACCACAUCCCCCAGGGCUGUAAUUUCCCCGGUUUAUAUUUAGCGGAGCGGGGAUAUAAAAGGGCGGCGGGCCGCGCUCCCGCCAGGCUGCCGGAGCCGCGGCUGUCCCUCCCGGUGCCCAUGGACACCUCGUACCCCCGGGAGGAGCGGCCGCCCCCCAAGCGGGGGCCGCCCCCCGCCGCCCCCGCGCCCCGCGACCACCUGGUCUGGGCCAUCUUCAACACCCUCUACAUGAACUUCUGCUGCCUGGGCUUCGUGGCGCUCGCCUUCGCCGUCAAGGCUCGGGACAGGAAAGUGUCCGGGGACCUGGAAGCUGCCCGGCACUUCAGCUCCAAGGCGCGGUGCUACAACGCCCUGGCCACGGCGGGCAGCGUGGUGUUGCCACUGCUGCUCGGUGCCCUCAUUGUCACCGGGGUCAUCCACCUCUCCAAGCUGGCCCAGGAGUCCGUCGGAUUCUUCACCUACCAGUUCAGCGGGAGCGACGACGAGGAGCAGUGAGCCAGGGUGAGGGGCUGCUGGCACCUCCUCUGCGCCGCUGGUGGCCCCCCAAAAGGCCACCACCCCUGUCUGCCACCCCCGCUCCCCAGCCCCAGUUAUUUUUGUUUAUCCUCUGGGUUUUUUUACCUUCCCUUAUCCCGUGUGGAGCCCCAACUUCCAUGGUCGCUAUUUAAAUCAUUAAAAGCUUCACACAGCGCGAGUUUCUGCCUGUGGAAAGGGGCAGGGGGGUGCCAAAGGGAAAACAUAAAUUGGGAUUUUUGGCUCUGAUGGGGCUCCUGGCAGCCAGGAGACACCAUUGUUCCCACAGCCUUUAGGGCCACCUUUGGCCCCAGGACUGAGGAGGGGAGGAAGUA